AUUAGCAAUGUAAACCAUAGACGAUAAUAGGACUUGGGCGGAUAGACCGAUGGAGAAGCCUUUGGGAACCACGACAAUAACGACGCCGUAUGCGACACACAGCCACCAGCUAAACAAAUUAUAAUUCCGACGUCGGGGUCGGACAAAGAUUCCGCCCUCCCUCUCUCUCUCCCUCUCCCUCUCCCCUUUGUUGUUGGUUGGUUGUGCCGCCGUACGGCGUCGUCUCCUUUCGUUAAAGUUAAGCCUUUUCCAUUAAUCAAAUCAAAUUUAAUCAAACUGUCUCCAUUCUCCACGACCCUCAAUCGUAAUCCCUAAUUCAGUACAAUGGCAUCUUCUUCGGACUCAUGGAUGAAGGAAUAUAAUGAAGCAACAAAACUUGCCGAUGAUAUCAAUGGUAUGAUAUCUGAAUGGAGUACAUUGCCCGCAGGUCCAGACACUCAGCGUCAUGUCUCUGCUAUACGGCGGAAGAUUACAAUAUUGGGGACUAGACUUGAUAGCUUACAGUCCCUUUUGUCAAAACUCCCUGGAAAACAGCAUAUAACAGAGAAAGAGAUGAACCGUCGGAAGGAUAUGAUAGGAAAUUUAAGAUUGAAAGUUAAGCAGAUGGCUUCAACAUUGACAUCCAACACUGCCAACCGAGAUAUCUUGCUGGGAUCAGAAAUAAAUAAAGCUGAUGCCAUGGGAAGAACAGUUGGCCUAGACAACUACGGCCUUGUUGGUUUGCAACGACAAAUUAUGAAAGAGCAAGAUGAGGGGCUCGAGAAAUUGGAGGAGACUGUAGUAAGCACAAAACAUAUUGCAUUGGCAGUCAAUGAAGAACUUGACCUACACACUAGACUUAUUGAUGACUUGGAUGAUCAAGUGGAGGUUACGGACUCCCGGCUACGGCGGGUGCAGAAAAACUUGGCAGUUUUGAACAAGCGCACAAAGGGUGGUUGCUCCUGCAUGUGCAUGCUUUUAUCUGUCGUCGGGAUGGUGGUUCUGGUUGCCGUGAUAUUUUUGUUGAUCAAAUACUUGUAAUAAUAGCAACUAUAAGUCUACACCGAGUAUGAAGAUCUCCUGUUUGUGUGUUUUGAUGUUGCUGCCGUGAAUGACUUGGUGUGUUUUCUUGCUUUGAAGCAUGUUUUUCAAGGCUUUGAAAUGAGGUGAAAAGAAUCAGUCACUAAGCAAAAUUGUUGACA